GUUUUCGCUCGGAUUUUUAAGCCGUUUCACCAUCUGGUAACACUGCUCUAUCGUUUUAACGAACUUCAUUUCUACAAUUUACUGCACUUUGCUAGUAAAACUUAACCGAAGAAAUUGAUUAACUCUACGAUAUAAAGUAAAAUAACAGAAAACAAACCAAGAAAUUAAGCGUGUGACGACAAAGUGGAAAAGUGCAACAGAUCUAUAAAUGAAUAAAAAAUAGAAAAUCAACGUGAAGUCUAAAUCCUUAGUUAAACCAAGAUCACCAAAAUAUUUUCAUAAUUUAUAAGAAAUAUUUCCAGUGUGAUAAAUAACAGAAGUUCUAAAACAACGUAAUAGUCAUUUUCAAAAACGAAUCAUCAACUUGAAAAACCGAAUCAAAUCGAAUUGAUUCGAUUAACAGCUGUGCUGUACACAUGCACCUGUGUGUGUAGGGGGCGCGCGAGCGUGUGCUUCUACGUGAGUGUUUCGUGUGUGUACGAAUUACUUUGUGUGUGCGUGUGUGUGUGUGUUAGUGGCGAAAAUUGAAACGCCCGCUAAACAAAGUCAAGCGCUAGAUGGCGCUCUCGCUGCCGCCUUUGACCAGUACCCUUGUUGUUGUUGUUGUUGAUGCUGCAGCGAAUAAAACGCGGAAAGGCAAAUUAUAACCGCCCACCAGCCCAGCCGCAACAAAUAAAUAAAUUUCAAUUUAUUAACAUAACAAAAUCAACUCCCCAACACAAAAUAAUAACAAUAAAAAAAGGAAAAUAAGUAAUAAUCAAGAGUUUCGCAUUACCCAUCGUCGGUCGGUUCAAAUUGCGUCGCGUCUCGUCGCGAUCGUCGCUAGUCCUCGGAUCGGAUCGGAACGGAACAUUGUAGUACGGACGGUUACGGAUCAGAUCGGAUCAGUUGGCAGUCAGUCGGUGGCACCUGACAACGCAACGCUAACCGCUAUUAUGCAUCGGCGUCGUCGGUUGGCCAGUGCAAACAGUGCAAAAAUCUCAUUCGAAUUGGCGGGCAAGCAGCAGCUAAAACAACUGACAGAACUUCAUUAACCCAGGCUAUAAUCAAGUAUAUAUAUAUAUAUAUAAAUAUAGACAGUUAGUAAUACUAAAUCGUAGUUUAAUAUCCAAAACUAAUCGCAACGUAAACGUUGGUAUAACUUUUUCCGUGGCCCAAAUAAUCCAAGAAUCGUUAGCAAUCCUGGAUUAUUUGCUAAAGACUUUGCGUACGCUGAAAUCCAAUUCGAUUAUGGCCGAGAAUCAAAGUGCGGCCAGCGAAGAUUCCGGUCACCAACAGCAACAUCAGCAGCAGCAACAACAACACCAGCAACAUCAGCAACCACUAGCCACCACAUCAUCAGUCACCGCCGCUUCAUCCACAACGACUUUAGUUAAUCAGUCGCCCACUAACUCGCAGGCCUCAUCCCCGGAAAAUUCCCAGGAAGCAUUGCCCUUGGUGCGACGCCAGCAAUCGUAGUAGCAGCAACAGU